AUGGUGAUGAAGGAAAGCUCAAAGGACGGGUGUGUGAAGAAGUACACGGCCGACUGUGAGAACGGGGGCUUCAUUCAGGAGGUGGCUUGCCCUGGGCAGGAGCCCACCAAUACCAGUAAGUGCUUGGGUGGCCUCACCUGCUCCGUGUCCAGCAGGAAAACGGAUAUCAGCGCGGAGGAGAAAGCCAGCGUCUACGUCCCUAAGAAGGGCUGGAUCAAGCUGACCUCCGGAAAGGUUGUGUUCAAAGCCGUGGACCCGGCCAAGGGUAGGGACUUAGCGCCCCCGCCUGGAAAUCACAACUGGCACACGGAGGCUGGCUGCUACUGCUGCCAGACGGACUACGGCUUUGGGGAGAACCCCUUCUCCAUGUCCUCCGGGCGAGCGGCCUGGGAGUCAAAGGGCAACGGUUUGCAGGAGUGCAUGCUGGCGUGGCGCAUGAUCGGCAACGGCAUGAACCACGAGAGCCCUUCGGAGACCCCCUUCUGGGGCGUCCUGGCGCUGAUCCCCGAGUUCAUCGGCACCUUCGCGGACAUCAUGACGGGCACCAUAGGGCGGCGCCUCGCCUGCGCGGCCACUUGCCCGCUGCGCAAGGCGAAGUACGAGCCCAACCGGUAUUCCUUCGCCAAGAUCCAGACAGAUUUGGACAAAUACUGA